AUGGAUCAAGUUACAAGCUAUUCACCCUGCUGGAUACGCGGCAGUAAAAUCGAAGAAAUCGUUUGGAUCGGCAAGGACGUGCUCGCCUGGUGUACCGGCGUGUACAUCGUAUUCUUUCACAUCGUCAAGAGGCAGCAAACGUUACAAUGGUGUUGGAAUGAUGCGACCGGUGAUGGUGCUCGCUGUAUAUCCGGUCACGUGUCCUCGCCGAUUUUCGCCUUCUCCGAGAGAUCGCUGAAGCCGCGAAUUCUCAUCCUCGAGUAUCCUUCGAUGACGAGAAUCUGCGAAUGUGUUGGAGAUUACGACAGUGGCUACUUAGCGAUUGCAUUCACACCAGACGAUUAUCUCGUGUCGCUGGGCUCUUAUCCGAAUUUCCCGAUGAUUGUAUGGUGCUGGAGAACAGGAGAAAAAAUUGUGAUUGUCGACACACCUAUACGCGACGAGAUCGGUCAGAUAAUCAAGAUAACUCAGACAGGACGCAUUGUCAUCGGUCAAAUGGGAAAGACUUGCGGAAAAUUGCUCACUUGGGAACUCGACAUAAUCGAUAAAAUUAUUAUUUUAAAAGAUCAUGAAAUUAGACUGCCGCAAGAAGCUAUGAUUCGUGGGAUCGAUUGGUGUUCGAGUACGCCGAGUGAUCCAUUAUUGGCUAUUACUGAUAUGGACGGUCAUGUAUAUUUGAGCAAUUACGACGGUACCAAUCUCCUCCGUGUCGUAUUUUCGCAACGCUGUGGGAUCUGUGCGAACGUUGAGAUACCAGCCGUGUGUUGGUUUCGUGGUGGUAUCAUCCUUAAAACGACCUUCUGUCAGAUCCGCUAUUUCAAGAAAGAACCGAUGACCAAUGUCUGGCGCAAACUAUGGUACAUCAAGUCGAUCAACAAGCCUUAUAUCCUGAUUGCGCAUCCCUCUAAAAAUUGGCUUUUCUAUUACACUCUCGAGGGUUACCUGAUGCAGAUGAUAUUCCCUGAAGGUGAAGGCACGACGCCAACGAUUCAUACGUACCUGUACCACGGUGGUAAACACCGUUUUGUCGAUUUCUUGCAUCCUUGGUGCCAUCAUCUUGCGACGACAGAUGAUCUCAAAGAAUUGAGUAUCCUCGAAAGCUACAGCGGCAGUGAGGUCUCCAAAGUGGAGCUCGAUAUAGAAGGCAAUAUAUCGGCUCUAGUCUCGCAUCCGGACGAUCCGUUGAUUGUUGUCGUUAGCGAUCAUGGUGAAAUGACAAUUCUGGGUGUCACCGAUCCGGAGCAACCGAUGAUACUGGCGCAUUUUCGUCUCCAGAGGAAACCCUUAGAUCUUAUAAAAUUUUCCCACUCCGGCAAAUUUCUGAUCGUCGCACAGAAGGAGACGGGUAAUUGUUAUUGCGUGAAUCUGCAACGCGAUGCUCCGUGGGAAGUGGUGGCCCAGCUCCAAGCGAAGGGACGCUUCGCCGACGUGGUGCUGUAUGACGAUGAGGUGCGCGCGAACCUAAAGGUGCUCGUGCUCCACGCCACAUUGUUAGAUAUCAAAGGAACAACGUACGAGUCGUUCUGCUCGAUGGGCCAGCAGCUGCACGUGUACAACGUGUCGUACCUCAUCGACACAGAUAUACGUCUAGUCAACGAGAUCAUCGACAUUGUAACACUGCCCGCAGUCUUUUACGAGUUGUGUCACGCGCCUGGCGAUCCUCGACUGCUAAUAGGUUCGCCUUAUUUCGAACGGCAAUUGCACUUGCUGAGGUUGCAACGCUUCGAGUACGCGACCUUGACGGACGUGGUGGUGACGGGCCAUCAUGUACGGCUCGCUCGUGUCUUCGCUGAUCGACGUUGGAUUGUCACGUGCGCUUAUGACGGAUUGGUCAUUAUUCAUGACGGAACGAUACGGCAAGUCGUUGCCGUGAUACCGGUGCAUCACAGACUCGACUCGGGCAACCGGAAGGCUAUCAUCAGUUCCGACGGUAAUACAGUAGUUGCUCUUGGCCAUGAUGGUUCCUUGAUUGCGACGCGCAUUCAUCGUGAAAGUAAAAAAGAGAGUACAGAGUCACUGCCCGCGAAUGAAACCAAAAGCGUCUACUCGGUGGACUAUGAACAGUACGAAAAAAGAAAAGAAAAGAUACUCUUGGAUUAUACCUCUCUGGACCCAGCAAUCCGUGCCUCGUUGACCCGAGCCAGAAUAAAUUUCCCGGCAACCGAUGAGAAAGGAUUUGAAACCUGGGAAGAAUGGCAGCAGAACAUGCAGCUGCGUGAAGAAACGAGAUUCUACGCUGCGGAGAAGGCCGUCAUUGCGAAGAAUCUGGAAGCCUUGAAGGUCACUAUCAGACACCUCCUCGACGCCAACGAGACCUAUCCAGAGAUAGAGAGAUUACCGGUGUCCGCGUUUGACCUGAACAAAGCAGGCCGCGAUCAGAGAUUGAAAACGGCCAAAAACGAACGCGAGGAUGCCCGUAUGAAACUCGAGCAUCACUGUGCCUCGAUAAAUCGCGUGGCCAGCUGGAUAAAGGCGACUUUUUGGGAUCCGCAGAUCGUGUUAGGUCGCUCGAUAUUCUCUUUCCAUGGUGACAUGGAGGUGACGAAUUAUCCACUGACCGAGGAAGAUCCGUACUUCAAGGAGUAUUUGCAAUUGGCACAAUUUAGUAGGGAUUCGGUGCGCGGUAUCAUUUAUGACACCUUCCAGCCGUGGUACAACUACACGGACGAUCAACUGCAGGUGGAAUUGAGCAAACCCGUCCGGGUGUUUCGCGAGCAUGAGAGACGCAGGAUAGAGCUGCUUCUGGAAGAGGAGGAGCGCGAAAUCGAUCCUGAGGAACUAGCGGAGCUGCGGGCGGUCGAUGGCAUGACAACGCAUCAGUUCGUCGAGCAAUCGUCUUACUAUUACUCGCAGAUGGAGUCUUACGGGUUCGCGCACAUAACGCUGGACAAUCGUUAUCUGAUGCACGACUAUAGAAAGCUCCAUGCCUACUUCAACAAGCUCUUCAACGACAUGUACGCGACGAAGGAGCGGGAAAUGAAUGUGAUACGGGAGAGGAACGAACGGAUACGUUAUAUAGAUUCCGAGCUGAGGAUAAUGUUCGACCAGAGCGUGCCGCAGGUUCCUGUUGAUCCGCAGUGGCAUCCCAAGGAGAAAGUAGAGAGCAUUAUUCAAGUACUCCAAGACGAGGUCAAGGCGAAGCCAUACGUGUCGCCAUCGCAACAGGAAAUCCUGGACAGGCAAGCAGUGGAAGCCGAACGAAUUAGACAGUUGUUAUUGGCCGACGAUUUUCGCGACCGCGCCCUGAUUAAGAUGAUGGACGGUAUGUUAGAGAUUCGUUGGGAAGAUACUAUAAAGAUAGACGUGCACAAGCCUGCAUGCAUGCUGGAAAAACAGCCGGAGCAGUAUACGCCCGACGACAUCGCGGCCAUAAGGAAGUAUGAAGCGGAUGUGGAGAGUCUUCGGCUGGAACGUGAGCGUUAUAGAAGGAUACUCGAAGCUGAUUACGUGAAGAUCAAUGGACUUCUGCAGGAAGGCAUCGACAAAUUCGACGCCAAGUUGAAUGAAUUCUUUCAGCUAAAACUAAGAGUCGAUGCGGCGAUAAAUCAAUUGAAGCUACGAAACAUUCGCGGCCGUAUGCGUAUCCUCGCACGGAUCGAGGGUGUGAAAGAAGAAGACAGGAUGAAAAAAGAGAUAUCCGAGAAACGUCAAUACGAAAACACGCUGGAGGAACAUGUACAGAAGCUGAACGACGUCUAUCAGGAUAUGCUCGCACAACACGACGCGCUUUGCACUCGUGAGAAAGAGAUGAUAAAAAAGUUUCAGCAUGAAUUUGCCGCAUUGUCGAAGGUCAACGUCGAGCUUCUCGAACGGCAAUACAAGCGAAGACCGCGAGUGUCCUUGAGGAACAUCGCUGCCAGCGACCUGCUCAAUCUCGCGAAGUAUCUUGUACAUCAUACUAAGUCGGCUUAUUUUCCAACCGAUUGCGCGGAUUAUUCAAAGAUCCUGGAGAACCUGGACGUGCGACCCAGCGAAUUACCGCAGUCGAUUGAUGCGAGUCACUGGGACCAACUGACGCAAUCGCGUCGUCAGAAGAUUAACGUCGAGCUAAAGAUCAAGGCUCGGCAGCUGGAGAUAGCCGCGGUAGAGCGAACGAUUAGCGUGUUCGAAGGUAAGAUCAAUGCAUGUAAAUCGAAUGUGACCCUCCUCAGGGAUCGGUUGAAGACAGCGAGGGAGGAGCGGAUGAUGCGCGAGCAGGAUGCGGAGGUGCAACUGGUGCUGAAGAGAGGCCAAGUGGAGCUUGAACUACAUGGUGAAUGGCACGACGCGGCGGAUGCUGUUUUGGUACCUCGCGAAGAAAUCGAGAGAGUCAACGAGCACAUCUGUAUCGCGGGUGCACGUAAAAUAGACGUUCUGAAACGUAUAAUCGAUUUCCGCCAUGAGAUGCUGUCGACCGAAUGGGAGCAUCGUUGCCUGAGAACGCGCUUCAAGGAGCUGAAGGAGGAUCUGCAUUUCUUGAAAGACGUCACGGUCACCCGAGACAUGCACACCUAUUUGAAGAGAAAGGCCAAGGGACUGCGUGACGAUAAAACUGCAGUGCACCUCGAGAAGGAGAUCGAGGCUACGAAGAAAUCUUUGGCUAAAGCUUUGUCCAAAGAGAUGAAUAAACUCGAGAAACUCCGUCAGAAGAUUGCCCGCGUGAAGAAAAAGAAUGCUGAGCUCGAUCGAGCGGUUACUGAGAUGAACGUGGCAAGAUGGGAAUUGGAGUACAAACGCGACGUCAUCGGGGAGAUAAGGCAACGCGAGCAUACGGACCGAAAGAUGCGUCUCUUCAAACAACGAUCCGAUCUGGUCAGGAAGCUUCAGGAAAAUUACGCUGAGUUUCUGGCGUUGCAGACCGAGCACGAGCUAUUACGGUUGCGAAUAUAUCCCACCUUGGGUCAUUUUCAGACGUUGGACGAUAAGGAUAAAAUUUGA